AUGAGUGGUGGUAAGCUUCCCAGAUUCCCAGUCACUAAACCUCCAAGGGCCGUCUUACAUCCAGAGACUGAAGUAGCCACCCGCGAGGUUGCACCAGUUAAGAGACAAAAGAGGAGUCUUCACAAGAAAGUUUCUCCAAAUCAACAUACAGAAUUUCGUCGUUUUUACGAUCGUGGAGAUAUUCCAGUUCGUCUUGUACAUACUACAUUCAAGAAUGCUAUUGCUUGGUCAGUUGAUCCAUCCGUUCUUGACUAUCAGCAUUAUUUACCAUUGUUUUUCGAUGGUCUUCGUGAAAAGGAAGAGCCAUAUCGUUUCUUCGCACGUAAGGGCACAUGGGAGCUCCUUAAAAACGGUGGCACCCGCGUUCUUCAGUGCAUCCCACAAGUUGUUAUUCCAUUAAAGAAAGCUCUCGAUACACGCGAUAUGGACAUUGUCCCAGUUGCACUUCGAACAAUGCAGAAAUUAGUCAAGUCCAGCGAACUUGCUGGCGAAGCUUUAAUUCCAUUUUACAGACAACUCCUCCCAGUUCUUAACGAGUUCUCAUUAUGCAACAAGAACUUAGGAGAUCGCAUCGAAUACGGUCAGAGAAAGAAAGAGAACAUCGGAGAUCUCAUUCAAGAAACUCUUGAAUGCCUCGAACUCAACGGUGGUCCAGAAGCUUUCAUUAACAUCCAAUAUAUGAUUCCAACAUACCAGUCUGCGAAGGCGCCAGGCGACGACGAAUAA